AUGAAAGACUCUGUGGUGCCGCCUCUGUCACAGUACUCCUAUUAUUCACCGACCUAUUCACAUCAUCAAUACGGAUCACCAACAUGGCAUCACUCACUCUCAUCUCCAUCUCAUCAUUAUGAUCUACCGGUAUCGUCCAGAUCACCUUAUCGAUAUCCACCUGCAACCCACUACUAUUCUCCACCUGUAAAUGGCAGAUCUCCGUCGUAUCAAUCCAACGGUCAAUAUGUUGAUGAUGGUGAAGACGAGCAAUCCGACGACAGUGAUCGAUCAGAUUCACCCAAACCCUUCGAUAGAAAAAUGUUUAUUGGUGGACUUUCAUGGCAAACAACACCAGAGAAUUUGAAGAACUAUUUCACGCAGUUCGGUGAAGUGUUAGAAUGUAUGAUUAUGAAAGAUGCCAUCACGAAACGAUCGAGGGGAUUUGGUUUCAUUACAUUCAAAGAUGCGAAUUCAGUUGAAAAUGUUCUUGCCAAAGAUGUUCAUAUGCUCGAUGAAAAACAGAUUGAUCCGAAGCCAGCCUAUCCACGUCAGAAACAUCCGAAAAUGGUGACACGAACAAAAAAAAUCUUUGUCGGUGGACUUUCAGCCAAUACAACUGUGGAAGAUGUAAAAAAAUAUUUUGAACAAUACGGAAAAGUAGAAGAUGCAAUGUUAAUGAUCGAUAAACAAACUGCACGCCAUCGGGGUUUUGGUUUUGUUACUUGGGAGUCUGAAGAUGUUGUUGAUAAAGUAUGUGCCAUUCAUUUUCAUGAAAUCAAUAACAAAAUGGUGGAAUGUAAAAAAGCUCAACCCAAAGAAGUUAUGUAUGCUCAACAAAUGGCUAAGGGCAAAGCAGCUUUACAACGUGGUGCCUAUGGUGAUAUACUCAGUGCUUAUGUAUACGGUCUUAAUCGAAGUAUUCCGACGACAUACGCUGCACCAAUCUAUCCCUUUUCACCGGCCGAUCAGCCAUCGAUUUCAUCUUACUAUUCGCAACAACACGGGUCACGUACUCAGCAGCAUCUUACAUAUUUCGGUUUACCAUCCGCGCAAAUCAGUUAUAUUCCGGCCGCUGUUGGAUUACAAACGCCAACAUUGACUCCAGCUGGUGAACAACGCUACUUCGAAUAUCCAUUAACACAGCAGAUUCCAGCAGGUGCUGCUUCACUUCAUCGAGAUUCAUUAUUACAGCGAAGUGGGAAUGGAUUAGAUUUCUUUCAAGCAGAUCCACUUACUGCACAAUAUUUACAACCCACAAGUCCGUCACCUGGCUUACCCAUAGCUACAUCACUUUUGACAUCGCCCUAUGCUAAUGGUUUUCAUGGUCAUUAA